AUGGAGGCAGUUCUACAGACCAAAGGUCUUCUGUCCCUACCCUCAAAACCCAGAAACAGGUUCUUGAAUCCAUCCCAGAGCCUCAGGCAAAGAGUUUUGUCCAUCAAACCCAACAGUCUCGCCGCUUUUCCUCUGUCCACAAAUGGGUUCCAGAAAUUCAAUGGCGUCAUCUCAAGACCUGGUGAAAUUUACCAGAAAAACCGGACCUUUCACAUCUGCAAGGCCGAGGCAGCAGCUGCAGGUGCUGAUGGUCAGCCUGUCUUUGGUGAGCCAGAGAAGCCCAAGUUCCUGGGCUUAGAGCCUGUCACCUUCAAGAAGAUUGUCCCUCUAGGGUUGAUGUUCUUUUGCAUUCUCUUCAACUACACAAUUCUCAGGGACACAAAGGAUGUGUUGGUGGUGACUGCUAAAGGGAGCAGCGCAGAAAUCAUACCUUUCCUCAAGACUUGGGUUAAUUUGCCCAUGGCUGUCGGGUUCAUGUUGUUGUACACCAAAUUGGCUAAUGUUCUUUCCAAGGAAGCCCUCUUCUAUUCGGUGAUUGUCCCUUUCAUUGCCUUCUUUGGGGCAUUUGGGUUUGUUCUGUACCCUCUCAGCAACUACAUCCACCCUCAAGCCUUUGCAGACAAGCUUCUUGAUACGUUGGGUCCUAGGUUUCUUGGACCUCUUGCAAUCAUGAGGAUCUGGAGCUUCUGCUUGUUUUAUGUUAUGGCUGAGCUGUGGGGAAGUGUGGUGAUUUCUGUGCUGUUCUGGGGAUUUGCCAAUCAGAUAACCACUGUUGAAGAAGCCAAAAGGUUCUACCCUCUAUUUGGACUUGGGGCCAAUGUUGCUCUUGUUUUCUCUGGCCGAACAGUGAAGUAUUUCUCUAAUAUGAGAAAAAAUUUGGGUCCUGGAGUCGAUGGCUGGGCUAUCUCCUUGAAAGCUAUGAUGACAAUCGUGGUGGUAAUGGGGCUUGCAAUUUGUGGCCUAUACUGGUGGGUGAACACUUUCGUUCCUCUUCCAACUCGUAGCAAGAAGAAGAAGGAGAAGCCCAAGAUGGGAACAAUGGAGAGCAUAAAGUUCUUGGCAUCUUCAAGAUACAUCCGAGAUCUCGCUACAUUAGUGGUUGCUUAUGGUAUUAGCAUCAAUCUUGUUGAAGUUACAUGGAAAUCAAAGCUCAAAGCGCAGUUUCCCAGUCCAAAUGAAUAUUCUUCCUUCAUGGGCGAUUUCUCGACUGCAACCGGUGUAAUGACCUUCAGCAUGAUGUUGCUUAGCCAAGUCAUAUUCAACAAAUAUGGAUGGGGAGUCGCAGCCAAGAUCACGCCAACCGUCCUGCUUCUGACAGGAGUUGGAUUCUUUUCUCUAUUAUUGUUUGGCGAUCCGCUUGCUCCCUCUCUAGCUAAGUUUGGGAUGACCCCUCUUCUAGCUGCUGUAUACGUGGGUGCCAUGCAAAAUAUUUUCAGCAAGAGCGCCAAGUACAGCUUAUUUGACCCUUGCAAAGAAAUGGCGUACAUUCCUCUCGAUGAAGACACCAAGGUUAAAGGUAAAGCAGCCAUAGAUGUCGUCUGUAACCCACUGGGCAAGUCUGGCGGUGCUUUGAUUCAGCAAUUUAUGAUCCUAACAUUCGGAUCACUUGCAAAUUCGACUCCUUACUUGGGAGGAAUUCUUUUGGUGAUUGUUCUUGCGUGGUUAGCCGCGGCUAGGUCUCUCGAGACCCAGUUCAGUGCCUUGCGCCAAGAGGAAGAGCUUGAAAAGGAGAUGGAGAGAGAGGAAGUUAAGAUACCUGUCUUGCCGCAAUCAGAAAGCGGGAAUGGCUCUUUGGCAUCUGGUUCGACUUUCAACCCUGCCACCGGCGACUCGGCGAGCAGUUCAUCCGAGACUUCGACGCCUCGCAAUUAAUUCGUGUUUCUUGCGUCAGUGGAGUGGUGCUGAUGCGAGGCAAUGUUUGCUUGGCUGUAGGAUUUGUUUCUCUUACAGAAAUAAAUGUUUAGUAAAGCGGCUAUUUUUCUGGCUCAGAGACUGCUCUUUUACUUGGAAAAAAAAUCAUAAAAGCUUCUGCUAGAUGAAGGUCAUUGUAUCAUAGAGAAUUUUUUUUCAUGAAGAUCAUGUGAAUGAAAAGAUCUGCCCUUACUGCAGUAGGUAUGUAGAUUCUUCUGAUUGACGUACGUUUCACUCUGUA